AUGUCUCUCAGGCUGCUGCCGGGCUUCAUGGACAACGAUGACGAUGAUGAUGGGAACUUCACUAAAUGGAUGAGCAGUUACUGGGGUCACGGAGCAGAAGCUGCACACUCCCGAGACAGAAAGAGCAGUCUGAGAAGAUCUGCAAGAACCCCGGCUGAUCGCAGGGCGUCGCUCCCCACCGUGUCACAACUAGACGCCAUGAAGUUGAGCAGGCUCCACGCAGCGACUAUGGCUGCCAGCCCGAGCCACGUGAGGACGCGUGAGGAGAAGGGUGAGGUGAAGCCGCACCAGAGAGCUCGCCGCGUCUCCUCGGACGAGAACAGCCGCUGCAAGACAGCCAUCCAAGAGAAACGCAUCAGCACCAUCCCAGAGCUCACGGAGUCCUUUGAGAAGAGACUUCUGCUCCGUGACAAGAGGGUCGAGGCUCUGAAUGAUGAAGACAAGUUGUGCCUGAUGUGUGAGGAGGAGCUGCUGCAGAGCGGAGGAACAAGAGAGCUGCACUGUGGUCAUCGCUUCCACAAAGAGGCGGGCCGGAGGGCAGAGCAGCGGUGUCGGCCCCGCCGCGGCAGUGAGGCGGCGGCCUGGCAGGUGAGGGGAGUCUCGGACGAGAGGAGGAGUUCGGAGGACGGACACAUCUCCGCGGAGAAUGAGCCGCAUGCAGCCCGUCGUCAACUGUCCCUGCGGAGACAUCGCUGA